UCUCUCUCUCUCUCUCUCUCUAGGACUCUGUGUAUAUAUACACAUAUCUCUUGGCCAUCACCACAUGAAGUUGAGCAACACAUUCAUCAGCCAUACCAAGAUUUGUGAGCUGUGAGUGUGAGUGAGUGAGAUCAGAUGGCAAUUAUUCAUGCUAAGUACAUGAAUAUUAGAAGAAGCUUGGGCAUGGCGAUAUUGGUUAUGGUUGCCACAACCCUAAUGCGUGGGAACCAUAUUCAGGUGUCAGCACAAUCAUGCGGAGCAAGUAAUAUUCCAGUCCUUGUAGCUGAAUGCUCUGAUUUUGUUGGGAAAAAUGGGCCAGAAGUUCCACCAUCUCAGGAUUGUUGCGCAGCGCUGAGGGGAGUUGAUAUUCCAUGCAUGUGUAAACGUUAUGCUCAGCAAAUCGAAAACCUUGUCAGCAUGAAGAAGCUGGUCUUUGUUGUUCAAACUUGUGGAUUAACAGUUCCGCAUGGACUGCAAUGUGGAAGCUCUACAGUUCCCAAGGCGUGAUUGCAUGAUGAGCUUGAAGUCGGGGGUAUAUGGAUGCAGGCUACAGGCUGCUACGUACAUGCCGCGCGUAUCUUAAACUCUACAUUAUAAAAUUGUCAGAAUAAGCCUGAAAGGCAUACAUCUAAUUUUCCAUGUAAUAAUUGGGAUCAUGUGCUUCGACCUUUUCCAGCUAGCUUUCUAAUAUAUUAUAAAAAUAUCAAAAUUUUCAAAAGAAAAGAAGAAGAAGAGAAAAGUAGUUUGGAAUUAAAUAGCAGUAUUAUUUUGGUAAACAUUUGUUCCAUCCAUAUUAUUUUUCAAAAAAAGAAACUCUAAGAUUAGCUCGAGCAAAUUAUCCAUAUAUUGCAGAUCAAUUUAAAAUUGGCUAUAAUAUAUAUGAUCUUUCGGGAUUAUUCUUUAA